GGAGGGACAUGUGAGAUAGUUACAGUUGUACAGUGGACAGAGCAAGAUCUAACUCCGUGUCAGCGUAGAAUGACUGCGCUUGAAUGGACAUCCGCAUCGAUAGGGUAAUCUUUUUAUGAGAGCAACUGCUGGAGAACAGGAAUCCCCAAAUCUGCCUUCAAAGUGUCGUUGCGCUCACUUUGACUGAUAUUAUUACGGGGACUUCGUGGAAACUAGCAGCUACGGGAGUUAAAGUGGAAGAUCCUUGCCACUGUCUUUGCUUGCCUUUUCGCGAUUCACAUUUGGCCAGAAUUGCCUUGCUGCGCUUUUCCUCCUCGAAGUGAGACAAUCUAUCGUCUGGAUAGGCGCUGCUUUUGCCAGAGAACACCACUAAAUAUAUAUUUUUCACUACGAUUGUUGGAUGCACCGAUGAGAGAUCCAGUUUUUACAGGGACUGCGAUGGCUUACCACCCUUUCCACGCUCACCGGCCAACCGACUUUCCAAUGUCAGCUUUUCUCGCGGCCGCGCAACCCUCCUUCUUCCCGACGCUGACCUUGCCUCCCGGGGCUCUCACAAAGCCGAUCCCGGACCACACUCUCGCCGGAGUCGCGGAGGCUGGGCUCCAUCAGGCUCUGAGUCACCAUCAUCAGGCAGCUCAUCUUCGCAGUCUUAAGAGCCUGGAGCCAGAGGAAGAGGUUGAAGACGAUCCAAAAGUCACACUGGAAGCGAAGGAUCUAUGGGACCAGUUCCACAAAAUAGGAACAGAAAUGGUUAUUACGAAAUCUGGCAGGAGAAUGUUUCCACCUUUUAAAGUCCGCAUAAAUGGACUCGAUAAAAAAGCGAAGUAUAUUCUAUUAAUGGAUAUUGUGGCUGCCGACGACUGCCGCUACAAGUUCCACAACUCUCGCUGGAUGGUCGCGGGGAAAGCCGACCCGGAGAUGCCCAAGAGAAUGUAUAUACACCCGGAUAGCCCAGCUACUGGGGAACAAUGGAUGGCUAAGCCUGUUGCUUUUCAUAAACUGAAGUUAACCAACAACAUUUCGGACAAACAUGGAUUUACCAUCCUGAAUUCAAUGCAUAAAUACCAGCCCAGGUUCCAUAUUGUGAGAGCAAACGAUAUUCUGAAGCUUCCGUACAGCACUUUCAGGACAUAUGUUUUUCCUGAGACCGAUUUUAUUGCUGUCACAGCUUAUCAAAAUGACAAGAUAACACAGCUGAAGAUUGAUAAUAACCCCUUUGCCAAAGGCUUCAGAGACACAGGGAAUGGAAGAAGGGAAAAAAGGAAACAGCUGACCCUUCCAUCAUUACGCAUGUAUGAGGAUCAGUGUAAAGUGGACCGUGAUGGCGCGGACUCUGAUGCUUCCUCAAGCGAACACACAACCGGCAGAGAUGCUGGUCAUUCACCUGGACCGGUUUCCAGCCCACUUAUAUUUAACCGAAGUAGCAGAGACGAGAAAACAUGCACUGACAGUGAGCCCGAAUUGGACCACCAUGAUGAACAGUGCGGGGGCUCCAGCAGUCCUGGACCAGAGCCCCCAUCUCCAUUCAGGUCGACAUGUGAGGACCGGGACCAGGAGCGGGAGCGGGAGCGGGAGCGGGAGAGGCCUGUUCUAGAGAAGAAAGACGAUUAUUUGGACUCCCGAAAAUCUAGCGAUUCUAUAUUUAGCAUAAGAAACUUGGAGAAAGACAAACAAGAGAACAGGCUGAGGAAAGACACAGACUUGUCGAAGAAGGCCACGGAAAACGGUGGUCUUAGCGGCAGUAAAGACAGCAUCUCUCCUCUAAUGGUACAGACAGAGAGUCCUUCACAUUUUGGGGCAGGGCACCUUCAGAGUUUGGCGCUUUCUGGCCUACACAGUCAACAGUUCUUUAACCCACUAAACACCGGACAACCUCUAUUAUUCCACCCCGGACAAUUUGCAAUGGGACCUGGAGCGUUUUCAGCCAUGGGUAUGGGACAUCUAUUAGCUUCAGUAUCAGGAGCUGGUGGCCUGGAGAAUGGAGGUCUGUCAGCCCAGGGAACUGGAAACAACCCGAGCCCUUUUCCCUUUCAUCUGUCUCAACACAUGCUUGCGUCUCAGGGCAUUCCGAUGCCAACCUUCGGUGGACUUUUCCCGUACCCCUACAACUAUAUGGCCGCGGCAGCUGCAGCGGCCUCCGCCCUUCCGGUGAACAGCAGCACGGCCUCCUCGCUCUCCAGGAACCCGUUUCUGAGCAGCUCCACGCGCUCUCGACUGAGAUUCAACCCUUAUCAACUCCCCGUGUCGAUCCCUCAAAGCACAAACCUGCUCAGCACCGGUUUGCCAAGCGGCCUAAACCCUUCAUCCGAAUCGUCUAAAUGCGCUAGCAGGGAAGCGAGUCCUGUGCCUGCUCACAAAUCCGGGGCGAGUCAGAGAAACGGCUCACCUAAAACAACAAUGAAGGAAUCCAUCAAUGAACUUCAGAACAUUCAGAGACUUGUGAGCGGCAUAGAGAGUCAGCGGGAGACUUCCUCACCUAGGGAUUCGCCCAAGUGAUCAAGCACCCCCAAGCCUAUCCAGGGCAUGACUUGAAUUACCAGAGGAUUUUAAUAAGGGUUCUCUGCGAUAAAUUUAAUUACGCAAUUUUUGCGCAUGGAUGACCGGAGUGGGAAAAAUCUAACAAGUAAAAAUUAAUCAAAGAAAACGUUGGACUUUGUGCUCUUGGUGAUGGAGGUCUGCGUAGGAAGUGCUGCGAAGACAAUCUACGGUGUAAUUGACUCUUUAUAGAACAUGCUGACAAGACCACACAAAUCUAUUUAAAAAAGAAAGAAAAGAAAAGAUAGAAUAAAGGAAUUUACAAAUCAAAUCAUUUUUCGUAACGUCAGUAGGAUCACUGCUGGUUGCAAAAUCCAAAUGGUGAUUCACAUAAAACCUGUAGAAUGAAAACUUCCAAGCUAUAAACAAAAAGGAAAAGAAAAAACGAAGAAAAAUUAAAUAAAAAAGGAUAUUUGAAAAGGGAUUGAAAUGACAGUUGAACGUUUGUUAAAUCCGACAGACAGUUAUACCUGAACUAUUUAAUGUAAUUAUUAAUAAAAGAAACAUAAUUCUGUAAAUAAGCUGCAAGGACCUAAGAAUAUGCAAAUUGGUAUUAAUUUAUUCAAAGCUGUACAUCUGCGUGUACAUAAUAUUUAGAGUUUAACUCGUUGCAUUUUCCCCCUUUUUUCACUUUGGUUGUUGUAAAUGAAAGCUAUAGCGUUUGUUGUUUGGAUGGGUUUUCCUAUCUGUGAUGCGUUGCUGUUUAAUCUGCCUGUGACACGUAAAGAACGCGUGUGCCAUCAAUGCAUUAGCAGUCGCUGUAAAAACACUUAUCACGCUGCGGGACUCGCAAGGUUUGGGAAGCCUCAGGUUAAUGUACUCCAACAGAAGAGACCCACAUUCCUCUUCUUGAGCUGAGUUUAUAUAAAGAAAUAUAUGAACGUGUCCCGUUGUGCUGGCUGUCCGGAUUUUUCUGUUGUUGUUGUUGUAGGAUUCUUUCACAAUUUCAAUAAAAAAAUCAACAUGUUUAAA